GACGGGGCGGGCGCAUGCGCAGGGGGGCGCGCCGCCUCUGCCCCGCGGCGAGGGUGUCUAUGGAGAGGCGGCGGCCGCGGCUGCUGAGGCAGAGGCUGAGGCAGUGGCGAUGGCGCCCUUCCCCGAAGAAGUGGACGUCUUCACCGCCCCACACUGGCGGAUGAAGCAGCUGGUGGGGCUCUACUGCGACAAGCUUUCUAAAACGAACUUUUCCAACAACAAUGAUUUCCGUGCUCUUCUGCAGUCUCUGUAUGCUACUUUUAAGGAGUUCAAAAUGCAUGAGCAGAUUGAAAAUGAGUACAUUAUUGGUUUGCUUCAACAACGCAGCCAGACCAUUUAUAAUGUACAUUCUGACAAUAAACUCUCUGAGAUGCUUAGUCUCUUUGAAAAGGGACUGAAGAAUGUUAAGAACGAAUGUGAGCAGUUAAAUUAUGCAAAACAGCUGAAAGAGAGAUUGGAGGCUUUUACAAGGGAUUUUCUUCCUCACAUGAAAGAGGAAGAGGAGGUUUUUCAGCCAAUGUUAAUGGAAUAUUUUACCUAUGAAGAGCUUAAGGAUAUUAAGAAGAAAGUGAUUGCACAACACUGCUCUCAGAAGGACACAGCAGAACUCCUUAGAGGUCUUAGCCUGUGGAAUCAAGCUGAGGAGCGACAGAAGUUUUUUAAAUAUUCUGUGGAUGAAAAGUCAGAUAAAGAAGCGGAAGUGUCAGAACAAGCCACAGGUAUAACCCAUCUUCCUCCUGAGGUAAUGCUGUCAAUUUUCAGUUAUCUUAAUCCUCAAGAAUUGUGUCGAUGCAGUCAAGUAAGCACUAAAUGGUCUCAGCUCGCAAAAACUGGAUCGCUUUGGAAACAUCUUUACCCUGUUCAUUGGGCUAGAGGUGACUGGUAUAGUGGUCCAGCAACUGAACUUGAUACUGAACCUGAUGAAGAAUGGGUGAAAAAUAGAAAAGAUGAAAGUCGUGCUUUUCAGGAGUGGGAUGAAGAUGCUGAUAUAGAUGAAUCUGAAGAGUCUGCAGAGGAAUCAAUUGCUAUCAGCAUUGCGCAAAUGGAAAAACGUUUACUUCAUGGCUUAAUUCAUAAUGUUCUACCAUAUGUCGGAACUUCAGUAAAAACUAUAGUAUUAGCAUACAGCUCUGCAGUUUCCAGCAAAAUGGUUAGGCAGAUUUUAGAACUUUGUCCUAACUUGGAGCAUCUGGAUCUGACCCAGACUGACAUUUCAGAUUCUGCAUUUGACAGUUGGUCUUGGCUUGGUUGCUGCCAGAGUCUUCGGCAUCUUGAUCUGUCUGGAUGUGAAAAAAUCACAGAUGUGGCUCUAGAGAAGAUUUCUAGAGCCCUCGGAAUUCUGACAUCUCAUCAGAGUGGCCUUUUAAAAACUACGAGCAAAAUUACUUCGACUACAUGGAAAAAUAAAGACAUUACCACGCAGUCCACCAAGCAAUACACUUGUUUGCACGAUUUAACUAACAAAGGUAUUGGAGAAGAAAUGGAUAAUGAACACCCCUGGACUAAGACCGUUUCUUCUGACAGUUUCACUUCUCCAUAUGUGUGGAUGUUAGAUGCUGAAGAUUUGGCUGAUAUUGAAGAUGCUGUAGAAUGGAGACAUAGAAAUGUUGAAAGUCUUUGUGUAAUGGAAACAGCAUCCAACUUUAGUUGUUCCUCCUCUGGUUGUUACAGUAAAGAUAUUGUUGGAUUAAGGACUAGUGUCUGUUGGCAGCAGCAUUGUGCUUCUCCAGCCUUUGCAUAUUGUGGUCAUUCAUUCUGUUGUACAGGAACAGCUCUAAGAACUAUGUCAGCACUCCCAGAGUCUUCUGCAUUGUGUAAAAAAGCAUCAAGGACUAGAUUGCUUAGAGGACAAGACUUAAUUUACUCUGGGAGUGAAAAAUCUGAUCAAGAGACUGGACGUGUACUUCUGUUUCUCAGUCUGUCUGGAUGUUAUCAGAUCACAGACCAUGGUCUCAGGGUUUUGACUCUGGGAGGAGGGCUGCCUUAUUUGGAGCACCUUAAUCUCUCUGGUUGUCUUACUGUAACUGGUGCAGGCCUGCAGGAUUUGGUUUCAGCAUGUCCUUCUCUAAAUGAUGAAUACUUUUACUACUGUGACAACAUUAACGGUCCUCAUGCUGAUACCGCCAGCGGAUGCCAGAAUUUGCAGUGUGGUUUUCGAGCCUGCUGCCGCUCUGGCGAAUGACCCUUGACUCCUGACCUUUGUCUACUUCAUUUAGCUGAGCAGGCUUCCUUUCAUGCACUUUACUUACAGCACAUUUCUUGUGUUAACCAUCCCUUUUUGAGUGUGACUUGUUUUGGCCCCAUUUCUUCAGUCUCAGAAAUCUUAAUUUACCAGUCCGUUGUACAGUGUUGUUUCUCUUGCAAAUCAUAUUUUUGUUUUAGAAAGGGGUUAGAUCUUUCCGUAAGGGUGAGAACAGUUUUAUCGGUCUUCUUUUAAAUGGAAUGCUUUGAAAAGAAUGUCACUAAUGCCAUGCCAUUUAAAGUAUAUUUUAGAUUAAUUUGAGUUUUAAAGUCAGUGGGGUUAUUGAUUCUCCUUAUAUAUAAACACUGUACCAAGCUUUGCAGAUCUUUUCAAACAUACAUUUUUGAAGUUUUAUUUUCAAAGAUUGCACAUUUUUGAAAACCAGUCUUUUUUUCCAUGUUUCCUUUGUUUGAGCAAUUCUCAGAGGGCCAAUUCAAACAUACCCACAUACAAGAGUCUUUAGGAUAAUAGAAUAAAUUGGCUUCUUGGUGUUAGCUCAGUGAGCUAGCAAAGUACCAAUGUAUUUGUAUUUGCUUUCUUCAAAUACUCCUGGUUCCUACCACUGUCCCUAAAUUGUCAAAUUUGGGAGGGAUUUUUAAAAAUUCCACAAUCAUUUGAAGAUAUGUAUCAAUAAAAUCUACUUUGAGGACUUUACCAAAUAAUUUUUUUGGUGUUUUGAUUUUAUUAGAAAUCUCAAUUCACGUUUAUGUUAGUGUAAAAUAGGACUAAAUAUUUUGGUUUGAGCUCCCUUGAAAUGAUGAUCCUGGCAAUUUUAGACAGAUACCUAAUUUUGUUGAGCUGAAUUGUCUUUUUUGAAAUUAAUUUUGCAGUAGUCAGAGUUUGAAUGUGUAUUGCCUAUCUUCGUUGCUAUGUGAAGAGACAGUGGGAGGGGGGACCUGUCAUUCAGGUAUCGUAUAUUGAAUCAGUUUUAUGUAAUGCUCUGUAUAAUUUUAUGUCCCGAAGAGAAGAGUCAGCAGCAGCAUGCCGUGUGCUUUAGGAAAUUCGUGCAAGGCUGUGGAAGAGGAAUUAAUCUAUAGUCUUGUUACUUGUGUUCCAGGUAUUCUUUUGUUUAUUUUAUGGAGGCAUAGGAGGAGUCUAUCCAAGUACUAAACGGGCCCAACCCUGCUUAGCUUCCAAGAUCAGAUGAGAUUGGGCAUGUUCAGGGUGGUAUGGCUGUAAAGGAGGGGUAAGAGGGGAAGGAGUAGGAAAGGUACAAACUACAGGUGAGCAGAUUUCAGUUCAGGCUAAGAGAAAACUUUGAGACAGAGCUUUGUAAAGAUGAAGGAAGACUCAUUUGAUGAGAACAUGAACAGGGAGAAUCCAUCCAUGUUUUAAGUCUCACUAAUACUUGAAUUAAACACUCCAAGGGAGACUUAAGUCUGGGAUGGGGUGCCUUUCUAAUGGCUCUCUCUGAAGUGUUGGCUCCUGUCAUAGUUGACACUUGCACAAUGUUUUCUUGUAGGACAAGGCAGCUGUGUGAGCGACCUUCUUACAUUUUGAGCUUGUGCCUCUGAGGUGUAAGUAGUUUUGGCUUUUGUGGCACUGUGAGACCCAGCCUCCUUAAAAAAAGUCUGGCCUAAGCACAAAAUAAGAAGUGAAUUCUUGAUUCCCUUGGAUAAUGUGAAAGGAAAUCUAAGCUUAGUGAGCACUUACGGGGUCUGAAGUUUUGUCAGGUUGAUUCUCUUGUAGUUACUGUGUUUUUAUUUCCUUAAGUGUUUAAUAAAGUUGAUUUGAAAAGCUUACAUCAGGGACUAUUUCAAGAAAACAAACUACAAGAAUUCUUCUGAGUAAGUCCAUCCAGCUCCAUACUUUGUCUUACCUGUAUUUACAUGAAUCAUAAGUAAAAUUACUCACCUGGACUCCUGGCCCUGAGUUAUCAAGUGAGGACUCAAGUUUUUCCUCCAUGUAGUCACAAAACAGUAUAAUAUUUUGGGGGAGAAAUCUUGAUAAUGAUUCAGUGAGAUUUCAGGAGUUGACUUAAAUGUUAGCCUUUUACAUUAACUAAUUUGAGCAGGGUAUCCAGGGGAAUACCAGGUGAUUGAGGUGCCUCCCUUUUGCUUUGUCCGGUGGUACUUGAUAUUAGUGAACCUUUCAGUAGGACCCGGAGAUCUCGGUCUACACUCACUUUGGUGUGUCAGCACAUUGUCCUCAAGACUUACGGCUUUUCUACUCUUCCUCUGUAGUUGCAUGGGGGAAAUCGACAACAUCGACACCCAUUUAAUUUUUAUACAUUAACGUCAGAGUAUAGUUAGUAUUUGAUGAAACACUAUAAAUACUUGGUUUAAACUUACCUUGAGUUUUAUGAUUGAUUUAAUGAGUUUUUGGAACUGUUCAUUCUUAGGCUAGAAUGUAAAUUAUGCGAACUGCCAUGGGGUGCCUGACAGGCAUCAGGUACUCAGCGCUGUGCAGUGUUCUAAGUACCUAUACUUACAUAUACUGACUUGUUGAAACAGUGAGAGGAAGUAAUGUGAUCAUUCUGAUCCUACUUGUGGGGAAAAUAAGUAGCACAGAGGUUAAGUAACUCGUCCAUGGAUACCUUGUAAUCUUGGUAAUGACUGUUAUAGGUCAAUCCUUGAACUCUCCCUUGACAAAGAAUUAAUUCAUAGUUGAGGUAUCAGAGGCAUGUAAACACAUAACUAUAAUAUAAUUGGAUAGAGGAAAGCAUAAGGGAAUAAAGUAAAAGGUGAAUAUUUUCCUUAAUUUGGUCCCUCUGGCUUUAUGUUUUGUUUUUUAAAAGUGAGAUCAGAUUCUAGCUAUAUCGCUAGUUCUCAGCCGGAGUCAGUUUAUCCCAUAGAGGACAUUAGACAAUGUCUGUGGAAACAUUUUGGUUGUCAAAAUUUGGCAGAGGGAAAGGAUGCCAAUGACAUUUAGUGGGGAGAGGUCAGGGAUGCUGCUAAACAUCCUCUAAUGAACAGGUUAGCCCUCCACCAAAAAAAAAAAAAGGCCUAAAGUGUCAGUAGUGCUUCUAUUAAGAAUGCUUUAUGUACUUCUUCCAUGUCAGCACAUAUAUUUAAUACCUUUUAAUGGCUUAGUAUAGUGUAUGUGUUUGUGUUUAGUAUAGUAUAUGUGUUUGUCUUAGUCUGUUUAGGCUGCUGUUACAGAAUACCAUACACUGGGUGACUUAAACAACAAACAUUUAUUUCUCCUAUAUUUGGAGGCUGGGAAGUCAAGGGAUAAGGUGUUGGCAGAUCUGGUUUCUGGUGAGAGCUCUUUUUCUCAUUUGCAGAGGGCCAUCUUCUUAUUGUAUCCAGACAUGGCCUAAACAAAGGAAGCAAAUUCUCUCCUGUCUCUUCGUAGAGUGGCAUUCAUCCCAACACAGGGCCUCCAAUCUCAUAAGCUAAUUGCCUCCCAAAAGAACAGUCUCCAAAUACCAUUGCAUAGUUGGGUUUCAAGAUAGGCAUUUUGUGGGGAAGACAAACCUUUAGUCCAUAACAAUGUCUUAAUUUUUUAAAUGACUUUCCCUUUUGGUGAAUGUUUAAACAUACUCCCCCGUGCCAAUACCAUAUUGUUUCAAUAGGAGUAUGUGUGUGUAUAUAUGGGUACGUCGUUACACGUGCAUGUUUGCUCAGUAUUUCUAUAGGAUAAGGUCUUUUUUUUUUUUUUUUAAGAUUUUAUUUAUUUGACAGA